CGCACAAUGGCUUCACACGACCACUCACACGAUCACUCGCACUCUCACGACCACGCCUCCUCCGCCGCUGCCGACCAUGGCCACACUCACGAAGUCCUCACGGGACCAGGCUCUUAUCUGGGCCGCGAAAUGCCCAUCAUCGAAGGACGAGACUGGUCAGAACGAGCCUUCACAGUAGGCAUAGGCGGACCCGUCGGAUCCGGCAAAACCGCGCUCAUGCUCGCCCUCUGCCACGCCCUCCGCGACUCCCACUCCAUCGCCGCCGUCACCAACGACAUCUUCACCCGGGAAGAUUGCGAGUUCCUCACACGGCAUAAAGCUCUACCCGCCGAACGAAUCCGUGCGAUCGAGACGGGAGGUUGUCCGCACGCUGCUGUGAGGGAGGACAUUUCGACGAAUUUGGCCGCGUUGACGGACUUGCAUCGGGAAUUCAAGACGGAGAUAUUGUUGAUUGAGAGUGGAGGUGACAAUCUGGCCGCGAACUACUCCAGGGAGCUGGCGGACUUUAUCAUCUACGUGAUUGACGUGAGUGGAGGAGACAAGAUUCCACGAAAAGGCGGACCGGGUAUCACGCAGAGCGAUCUGUUGGUCGUGAAUAAGACCGAUCUGGCGGAGCUGAUUGGUGCGGAUCUGGGAGUCAUGGAGAGGGAUGCGAGGAAGAUGAGGGAGGGAGGGCCGACCAUUUUCGCGCAGGUGAAGAAUGGAGUUGCUGUGGAACAUAUCGUUGCGCUCAUACUGAGUGCAUGGAGGGGAAGCGGAGCGGCAGAG